AUGAGAAAUAUUUGUAGAUUAAUUGAAUUGUGUGACAAGUUACCACAAGAUGUAGGUAACUACACUCUUUUCACUGUUGACAGUAUCAAUAAUAUAGUAUAUACAAUUACAGAUACAAAUGUAUUCAUUGCAUAUGAUACAUCUUUAAAAAAGGUAAAUGUAAAGAUUGAAUUAAAUCAACAAGAUAUAUUGUCGGAAGGCGCAAAGAUAAAUGCGAUUCAAUUCAUUCCCGAUUUGGAAUCGAUUUGUAUGGCAUCGGAUUUGGGUGAUAUUCUGAUGUACAGCACGAUGACACAUCAGUUGGAGUGUGUCGGUAUCGUUGGUAGCGGUAUUUUGUGUAUGUCUUGGUCACCGGACUACGAAUUGUUGAUACUGGCAACGGAAACACAGACAUUGGUACAGAUGAACAAAGACUGGGAUAUCUUGGGUGAGGUUAAUAUCCACUCGUUGCUCGCCGGUGGAAAACUCACAGCGAAUAUCAUUACCAACUCGACGCUGCCACAAUCGAUCUACUCGCAAUCCGCUUAUGCACCAGAGACAAUGGCUGCACCGGCGGGAGCACCGCAAGCGAACCGCUAUCGUGAGACACCACCUUCGAUCUCGUGGCGUGGCGACGGACAAUACUUUGUUUGUUCGAGUUUCGAUCCUGCCGUAGGCAAAGUGAUGCUGCGUACUUGGGAGCGUUCACUUGUGUUGCACGCCAUCUCCGAGCCACUGAUUACCGGCUUGGAGAGCGUCGUCGCUUGGCGUCCUUCCGGCUCGCUAGUGGCGUGUCCCAACCGUCUUCCAAACAAGCAUGAAAUAGCGCUAUUUGAGCGUAACGGUUUGAAACACGGAGAGUUCAACAUUCGUGUCGGUGCCGAAGUUUUGGCGUUGGAGUGGUCAGCAGAUUCCGAAAUAUUGGCACUGCAUCUUCGUUUAACAAAUUCAACAGCAGCAGCAGAUGAUAAACAACAACAACAACGUAGUUCUGUUGUUCAGAUUUGGCAUCGUAGUAAUUACCAUUGGUUCUUGAAGCAUGAAUUGCACUGCGCUGAGAAUGACAGUGUUGUUUGUAUUCGUUUCGACAAUGCUAGCCAAGCUUCGAUUCUUCGUGUUUUGACAAAACUCGGUGAGUUGCAUGAGCAUCUGUUUGCAUGGGAUUAUAACGCGUCGUUGGGUGACGCCAUUACCAAUCCUGCGACGGUUGCGAUGGUAGAUGGUCAACACCUAAAGAUGACACCAUUCCGUAAGUUGGUGAUUCCACCACCCAUGUCACACUAUCAACAUCAGCUCGAUGCCAAUUGUUCGGCAUUUGAUUUCUCACAGACCGACUACUCGGUCGUCACUCUCCAAGUGAACAACUCGAUUGCCAUCUUCAAAGGAGAUUCCGCUGGUUUGUUGGCCAAGUCGUUGAUUUCAACCGCGACACUCCGUUUGGAUAAUCUUCGUCAUCUCUGUUGGGUGUCGUCGUCCAACGCCAACCUCUACACGCUCGUCGCAGUCGAUGGACUGUCGACUGCCAAAGAUCAAAUCGUUGAAAUCGGAUUCAAAGUUGAUUUGGCACAAUCCUCAAUAGCUAUUCAACAUAUUCACAGAACAAAUGCACCUGAAUCAUCGUCAUCUCAAAACAACAACAGUCGUAUCAUCAGAUUAAUUAAACAUUUGGAUCACCAAGAUCAAGUACUCUUUGAAACCAAUGAUGGUGCAGUAUACUAUUAUCAUUUACAGGCAGGUGUUGAACACUCUGACUCUAUCACUCCGUAUCUCCAAGAGGAUUCAAGUGGAAUCUUCAAAUUCCCAUCGGUUUGUACAUGGUUUGCAGUCACAAAGAUUGCCGGUGAGGAAGUUCUCAUCGGUUUGAACGACCGUAACAAACUCUAUGUAAAUCAAACUGUUUUGGCAUCGGACUGUAAUUCAUUCGCACUCCACAACAAGUUCCUUCUCUACACAACUGUCUCACAUGUUCUUCGUUCCAUUCCAUUAUCCGUUCCACUCAACACUACAACAUUAGCAUCAACACCAUCAAAUACAACAAAUUUAAAUAACAAUAACAAUCAACAACAACAACAACAACAACCAAAUGGAAAAGGUCAUCAUCACCAUCAUAAGGCUGUUACAACUUAUGAUGAUUCUACAAGAGAAGUUGAACGUGGAUCAAGAAUUGCUGUCGUUGUUCCACAUGAUACUAGAGUUGUACUUCAAAUGCCAAGAGGUAAUUUGGAAGCUAUUUCACCACGUUCAUUGACGCUUUCAACUAUUCGUGAACUUCUCAAUGAACAUCAAUAUGGCAAGGCAUUCUCCACCAUGAGAAGAAAUAGAAUCGAUAUGAACUUCCUCUACGAUCACAACCCAGCGGAUUUCCUCAAGCAUAUCGAUAUGUUUGUCGAGCAGAUUCCACAGAUCGACUAUCUAAACUUGUUUAUCACAUCGCUUCGUGAUCAAGAUACAUCAAAGACGUUGUUUGUCGAUUUGGAGAAUCCAGUUGCUCCACCACCAAAGUCCGCCAUCAAGUCGGUCAACGAAACCUACGGCGACACACCGGGUAAAGUCAACUUGGUAUGCGACAAGCUGCGUGAAGUAUUCGUAAAGAUCGAUCAAAACCGAUUCAUUCAACCGGUUCUCACUACCUACGUAAAGAAAUCACCACCCGAACUCGACGAAGCUCUCCGUCUCAUUCAGAAUCUCCGUGGUCUCGAAGAGGUCAGUGAACACGGUGAGACUAUUGUUAAUCGUCUCGCUGAGGAAUCGUUGGAUUACAUUGUAUUCUUGGUGGAUGUCAAUAAGUUGUAUGACGUCGCUCUCGGUACCUAUGAUUUCGACUUGGUGUUGAUGGUCGCACAGAAAUCUCAGAAGGAUCCAAAGGAAUACAUUGCAUUCCUGCGUGAAUUACAAUCGAUGGAGAUCAACUACCAGCGAUUCACUAUCGAUAAGCAUUUGGAGCGUUGGCCAAAAGCUUUGGCUAAUUUGGCGUUGGCCGGUGACGAACACCUCCAAGAGUGCUACGAUUUGACCGUCGAGAAGUCGCUCUACCACGACGCAAUCAAAGUUUUCGCAAAACGUCCGGAACUCAAAGUUGUACAAGAGCUGUACGCCGAUCAUCUCAUGCAGAACAACAGAUUCGAGGAAGCUGCUUUCCUCUACUUUAGCGCUGAGAAUCACAAGAAAGCAUUGGCAUCGUUUAAGGACGCUGGAAAGUGGAAGUUGGCGUUGAAGGAAGCCAAGAAGCUAAACUACAGCGCCGAGGACACAAAGACUUUGUGCGAAGAGUUGGCCGAACACAUGAGAAGAGCAUCGAAAUUCUUGGACUCUGCAAUUAUCUUCUCGCAGCACUGUGGCGACAUUGAGAAUGCACUCCGUAGCCAUUGCGAGGGUGGAUUGUGGGAGGAUGCCUACGACUUGGCUGUCGACUCGAACCGUAAAGACUUGGUCGAUAGCAUUGUUGCCGAACAGCUAUUGGAAUCGUAUAAUAAUCACAUGAAGGAGAUCGAAGAGAAUCAUGCGACCUACAACAAAUCCUAUGUUAGACUGGGUGUUGUGAGAACCACAAAGUUGAAUCACGUACCUCUCCGUUUGAUGCCUGGCGCCGCCGGUUUCAACGAUGAAACCAGCUCGAUGAUGAGUGGCAUGAGUGGAAUGUUCAGUGAACAAUCGAUGGGAUCGAUGAACAGUAUGAAUAGCGCUUCGACAACAUCGUCGUACCGUUCGACAUACUCGUCGGCCACCGGAACCUUCUCACAGGCCACCAAGAUCAGAAAUAAGAAGAAAGAUCAAUCGAAGCGAAAGGUCAACAAGGUGAGAGUCACCGGUAAAGAAGGUAGCGUUCACGAAGAGGAAUUCAUCGUCGAAGCAAUGAAAAAGAUGAUUCCAGGUCAGUCACAACAAGAGGUCGUCGCCAACUUGCUCAGAGGUUUGGUACUCCUCGGUUGGAGCGACAAGGCCGAACAACUACAAAACAGAUUCAAGCAAUAUUUAGAGUUGAUCAAACAAUCGUUGGAUCUACUUUCACAAUCGGCCACCGCUGUACUCCCAGAGAAUGUCAGAGAAGAACAAAGAGUUCAAGAAUUGGAAUAUCAAAGAUUGAUCAGUUUGCAACAACAAGAUGACAAUAAUACCAACAACAAUAACAAUAACAACAAUCAACAAAAUAGUAAUCAUCAAAAUUCAACAUUUGAAAAGAUGACAAUUAACAAAGUAACAAUUACAAUGGAUACAAUUAAAUGGGAAUUAAAUAUCUUUUAG